GGGAACAGUGGAGAACUUUACACGGACUUCUCAUUAUUCUCAAUCAGACUGUGUGUACAGUAGAGGAUUAUGGAGAUCUGUCUCACACUCACUUUACUGUCCUCUGUAGUAAUGACCAUCACUGCUGAUUUGAAUGUGAGGUUGGUGAAUGGUGACAGUCAUUGUUCUGGUAGAGUGGAGGUUCUUCAUGAUGGUCAGUGGGGAACAGUGUGUGACAAUGACUGGGAUCUGACAGAUGCUGCAGUGGUGUGUAGAGAGCUGGGCUGUGAAGAGCCUCUGGGUAUUGUUAACUUUGGAUCAGGAUCAGGACAGAUCUGGAUGGAUGAUGUGCACUGUAAUGGAUCAGAGUCCUCACUGAAAAACUGUACAUCAAAUGGAUGGGGUGUUCAUAACUGUUAUCAUUCUCUUGAUGUUGGAAUCAUCUGCUCAAAUGUGAAUGUGAGGUUGGUGAAUGGUGGCAGUCGCUGUGCUGGUAGAGUUGAGGUUCUUCAUGAUGGUCAGUGGGGAACAGUGUGUGAAGAUGACUGGGAUAUGGCAGAUGCUGCAGUGGUGUGUAGAGAGCUGGACUGUGGAGAUGCUGUACAGGUGCUUCAUACGUCUCACUUUGGAUCAGGAUCAGGACAGAUCUGGAUGGAUGAUGUGAGCUGUAAUGGAUCAGAGUCUACACUGAAGAAUUGUAGUUCAAGAGGAUGGGGUGUUCAUGACUGCAAUCUUAACACAAAUGCUGGAGUCAUUUGCUCAAAUCUUAGUGUGAGGUUGGUGAGUGGUGACAACCGUUGUGCUGGCAGAGUGGAGGUUCUUCAGGGUGGUCAGUGGAUUAUGAUGUGUGGUCGUGUUUGGGAUCUGACAGAUGCUGCAGUGGUGUGCAGAGAGCUUGGCUGUGGUAAGCCUCUGGGUAUUGCUCACUUUGGACCAGCAUCAGGACCAAUCUGGACAGCACAAAUGCACUGUAAUGGAUCGGAAUCUACACUGAAGAACUGUAGAUUAAGUGGAUCCAGUGUUCAACACUGUGGUCAUCAUCAAGAUGCUGGAGUAAUUUGCUCAAUUUUAAAUGUGAGGUUGGUGAAUGGUGACAGUCGUUGUUCUGGUCGAGUGGAGGUUCUUCAUGAUGGUCAGUGGGGAACCGUGUGUGGUGAUGGUUGGGAUCUGACCGAUGCCUCGGUGGUGUGUAGUGAGAUGGGCUGUGGAGAUGCUGUACAGGUGUUAAAUGGUGCACACUUUGGACGAGGAUCAGGACAGAUCUGGACGAAUGGUGUGGACUGUAGUGGAUCAGAGUCUACACUCAAGAUCUGUACAUCAAGUGUUAGUGACUGUGAUCAUGAUAAAGAUGUUGGAGUCAUCUGCUCAAAUGUGAAUGUGAGGUUGGUGAAUGGUAGCAGUGCUUGUUCUGGUAGACUGGAAAUUCUUCAUGGUCGUCAAUGGGGAACUGUGUGUGAUUUUAGUUGGGAUCUGAUAGAUGCUGCAGCGGUGUGUAGAGAGCUGGACUGUGGAGAGCCUGUACAGGCUUUGCAUGACGCUUACUUUGGACAAGGAUCAGGUCCAAUCUGGUUGGAUUAUGUGCGAUGUAAGGGCUCAGAGUCCUCACUGAAGAACUGUGUGGCAAAUGAAUGGGGGGUUCAUUACUGUUCCCAUAUUCGUGAUGCUGGAGUUAUCUGCUCAGAUGGCUUAAACUAUGGAUGGUCAAGACUUGUUGCUGGUUCUCAUUUGUGCUCGGGGAGAGUAGAGAUGUAUUUUGGAGGAAGAUGGGGCACAGUGUGUGAUGCUGCGUUUGAUGAUCAGGAUGCAGAGGUUGUGUGUAGAGAGAUGAACUGUGGGGUUCCUGUACAGCUGUUGGGAGCAGAUGCUUUUGGUGAAGGAGAGGGACCCGUGUGGACACAAGACAUUCAAUGUAGAGGAAACGAAUCACACAUUAACUUGUGCCCACAAUUCUUCAAGUCUUCAAGCAAGAACAACUGUUCCCAUGAGAAUGAUGUGGGAGUGAUUUGUUCUGGUUACACUGACCUCAGACUGGUGAACGGCUCUGAUUUCUGUUCUGGUCGAGUUGAGCGUCAGUAUUUCACCGAGUGGGGCACAGUGUGUGAUGGGUGCAUGAAUAUGAGAGCUGCCAGUGUUGUCUGCAGACAGAUGAAUUGUGGGAUUGCUGUGUCUGUUGUGGGAGUGGACUGGUUUGGAGAGGGAUCUGGUGAAAUCUGGGCUGAUGUGUUUGAUUGUCAGGGGAAUGAAACACAACUCUCACAAUGUUCAAUCUCUUCAUGGAGUCGAGCUGAAUACUCUCAUGAACAAGAUGUUGGAGUCAUUUGUUCUAAUUCCUCUCUGGCUCUUCAUGAUGGUGGUGUGAGGUUGUCUGGAGAGAGAGACUGUGAGGGGGAGCUGGAAGUUUACAUUGAUCAGGUCUGGAGGAGAGUUCUGCUGGACUCAUGGAGUGUCACUGAAUCCUCUGUGGUCUGCAGACAGCUGGGCUGUGGCUCUGUGCUGAACUUCUCUGGCUCCUCUUCAUCCAGCGCUGAACACAGUCAUGAGUGUGUGAUGGGCUUCAAGUGCUCUGGGACUGAACAUCAUCUGAGGAACUGCAGCAGCUCUCCACAAACUCUCAACUGCAGCUCCACACAACACCUGUCAAUCACCUGCCUUGAUCACAGGUCCAUCAGGUUGGUGGGUUCUGGUGGAGAUUGUGCAGGGAGACUGGAGGUUUUUCACAAAGGCUCAUGGGGGACAGUGUGUGAUGACUCCUGGGAUGUUAAAGAUGCUCAUGUGGUGUGCAGACAGCUGCAGUGUGGAGUGGCUCUCAGUGAUCAGCCAGUACCAGCCUGGUUUGGUCCUGGUUCUGGACCCAUAUGGCUGGAUGAUGUGAACUGUGAGGGGAAUGAGACGUCUCUGUGGAACUGCUCUUCACGGGUCUGGGGAGAUCAUGACUGUAACCACAAGGAGGAUGUAGGAGUCGUGUGUUCAGAGUUUAAAGAGCUCAGGUUGAGUGAAGGCUGUGAAGGGAAUGUGGAGGUUUUCUACAAUGGAUCCUGGGGUAAUGUGUGCUGGAAUCAGAUGGACAGAGACACAGCGAGUCUGAUCUGUCAAGAACUCAACUGUGGAAGAUCUGCCAGUGAACCCAGUUCUUCAAUUGGAUUGAAGACUCAUAAUUGGCAGGAUCAACUUAAAUGUCGAUCACAUGACUCCACUGUAUGGCAGUGUCCAUCUUCACCCUGGGCACAGAAUGACUGUGGUCUAAGUGGGAUUGUCAAAAUCACCUGUUCAGUGAAGGAGACCUAUCAGUCUCCUCGGAGUCGUCUGACAUGUUCUACCUUACCAUCUCCACACCAGAGACAAUGUUCAAGUCAUGUUCCUCUCAGACUGAGUGGAGGUAAAGGCAGGUGUUCUGGGAGGCUGGAGGUGUAUCAUAACUCUGAGUGGGGUUCAGUCUGUGAUGAUCUGUGGGACAUCAGAGAUGCUCAGGUGGUCUGCAGGCAGCUGGGUUGUGGAGCAGCAUUGAGUGCUGAUGGGAAUGAAGCGUUUGGUGCUGGUGAAGGUGUUGUGUGGCUGAACAGAGUCGAGUGCAGAGGGACUGAGAUUCACCUGUGGGACUGUCCUCACGUCCUGAAUAACCACACUGACUGCUCACACAAAGAACGUGUUGAACUCAUCUGUGCAGAUUUGUCUGUGUCCACCACUGCUACAACAACAACAACUAAAUCUCAGACUAACAAGAGCCCAGUGACUUCUCAAACUCCUCCAGCAGCGUCUCUCUUCAUUCCUCCAGUGGUUGUUCUGGGAGUUUUGCUCUUACUGCUCUUAGUGCCGCUGCUGAUACUGAUUCAACACAACAGAGUGAUGAGGAGAGCUCUCUCUAAGAGGAGACACUGGACUCAGACUGAAGCAGUUUAUGAAGAGAUUGAUCACAGACACAAACACAAACACGAACACUUCACACAGAGAGAACAGCAUUCUGGGUAUGAAGAUGUCAAUGAACCUUUUACAGAAGAAGACAUCUGUGUAUAUGACAAUGACGUCAGCAGCCUGAAAGCAAAACAGGUUAGAAAAGUCUCACUGGCAUACUAUAAUGAUGUCAACACAGAUGAACCGACAGCAGAUAUUAAGACAGGGGACAUGCCAGAGAAUUACGAUGAUGUCAUCAUUAUUAAACACAACAUUGAAGGUGUAAAUGUUGAGGAAGAGUAUGAUGAUGUGAAGCAUAUCAGUGCAAGUAAGAGAGAACAGACAGUUAAAGUCACAUCCGAAUGUGGAAUGGAAGAUGACUGUGAGACAGAGGGAGUUCAGGAGGAAUAUGAUGAUGUGAAGAAUGUCAGAUUUGUGAAUCCUGUUAGACUAUGAGGAUGUGGGGGAGGAGUCAAAUAAUUUGACUUAAUGACCACACCCACUGCACAUGUUCAUAAAAAUAAUAUAUCUAAGUGAUUCAGUGUUGCUACUAAAUGUUGUGUUGCUUUCUUUUUCAGACAUUAAGGCCCGUUUUCACAGACAGGACUAACCCUUAAUAAAAAUUGGGAUAUUUAAGUUACUUUUAUAAAAAUGCCCUAGUAAGAAACAUUACUGGUGUGCAUCUUGACACGAAACAAUGGCACUAACAUAUUUUAAGAUGUUUUAGGAUGAAUUAUUUUCAGUUAAGACAGCUCAUUCAUUUUAGUCUGGGACUAGCCUUAAGACUUGUCUGUGAAACCGGGCAUAAAUCCUCUAUUACCUAGUUACAUGCAAA